CUUUCUCGUCACCUAUCUUUACGUCUGCUCAACGCACUAAACACGAAGCAGAAGGAAAACAACUUCCCGACAACACAGAGGAAGCCUUCCCUAAUGAGCUUGUUAUUAUAAGCUUCCCAGCUAUCCCCCUCCCUUAUACGGGCCUGCUCUGUCGGAUUUCAGCCCGGGUUGUGUCGAGACCAGCCUCCUAUCCAGCGCUCGCGUAUACACGCCGUAUCCGAACCGACAUAAUUUUUCACCAUGACCAUCUUCCUGGCUUCGUUAUUCCUCCCCAAGACGGUUUAUUUCAAGCUCCCCGCUACUUCGUCCUCUCGGGAGCGGAAAAGCCAACGUCAGAGCGGCAAGAAGAUCUCGAAACGGCCGCCCCUCGAGCUUCGUACCAGUCUCUUCCCCGACCCUACCAUUACGCCUCCAAAGACGCCUGAUGACGAGGAGGUCCGCAUUGACGAUGCGCUCUUCGUGAAUGAGGACGGGCUCCGUGUAGUCAACGUUUCGGACGACGAGGAGUUCAGGGCUCCGACAGAUGAAGAAUCACCGAAAUGGGGCGGCAGACCCAACCAACCCAAAUCGCAAGCGAAUCUGCCACCCCCGGCUUCUCUCUUGGAGCAUGCCAGAACCUUAGAGAAAGCCAAAGAGCUAGGACGUCAAGGCAUCAUACAACCUCGCGUAACCCGAAGUGAUAGUCACGAUCGAGUAUUCGCACACGCCGAUUGGCGCAUCGUGAAUGCUGACCAGGGAAAUGGUGGUCUCCGCAAUGCCGCCGAGGCCGCGGCACGCGCCGGCUACCCAGAGGAGUACUCGUGGGUUGGCACCUUGGGAAUGCCUACUGAUGCCCUCGAAGGGACACAGCAGAAGGAGGAGAUCAACGAUAGACUGGUAACCGAAUUCAACAUGUACCCCGUCUUUUGCUCGGACAAGGACUUCGACGGGCACUAUCUACAUUUCUGCAAGCAGAUCCUCUGGCCCGUCUUCCACUACCAGAUCCCCGACAACCCGAAGAGCAAGGCGUACGAGGACCAUUCCUGGCAAUUCUACGUCAAUCUCAACCAGGCCUUCGCCGAUAAAAUCGUCAAGAAUUGGAAGCGAGGUGACACGGUAUGGGUCAACGAUUACCACCUGCUGCUAGUGCCCGGUAUGAUCCGCAAGAAGCUCCCGGACGCCAAAAUCGGCCUGUUCUUGCAUGUGGCGUUCCCUUCAUCCGAGGUCUUCCGGUGCCUCGCGGUUAGAAAACUGCUGCUCGAGGGCAUGCUUGGCGCGAACUUGAUUGGUUUCCAGAUCCACGAGUACACUCGCCACUUUCUCCAGACCUGCAGUCGUCUCCUCACUGUCGAGGCGACACCCGAUGGCGUGCAGCUGGAGGACCGAUUCGUCAAUGUCAUCAACCACGCCAUCGGUAUCGACCCCCUCAGCCUCGACGCCCAUCGUAAAGACGAAGAAGUCACGAGAUGGAUCGGCAUCAUGAGAGAGCGAUACAAGGACAAGAAGAUCAUCGUGGCUCGCGAUAAGCUCGACCACGUUCGCGGUGUUCGGCAGAAGCUUCUCUCCUACGAGCUGUUUCUUAAUAAGAACCCUCAAUGGAGAGACAAGGUCGUUUUGAUUCAGGUCGCACUAUCUACCGGCGAAAAAACCGACCUUGAUGCCGCCGUUGGGGAUAUUGUCACCCGGGUGAACUCGAGCUGGGCCAAUCUGGCUUACCUCCCUCUCGUAUAUCUAAAGCAGGACAUUCCGUACUCUCAAUACCUCGCGCUUCUGACCAUCGCCGACGCUCUCAUGAUCACCAGCCAGCGCGAGGGCAUGAAUCUCACGUCUCACGAGUUCAUUGUUUGCCAGGACGGUCAGUUUUGCGAUCGCAAGCACGGAUCCCUCAUCUUAUCCGAGUUCACCGGCACUUCCUCGCUUUUUGGGGGGAAAGAAUUGUCGGUCAAUCCCUGGAGCUACCGACAGUGCUCUGACGCCAUAAAAAAGGCACUCGAAAUGUCCGACGAGGAGAAGGCGGAGAGAUGGCAAGGUCUUCGUGACGUCAUCGGCCAUCAUACCGGGGCGCAAUGGUUCUCAAAAUUCUUGGCAUCUCUGGAUCACGUCUACGAAGAACAACAUCGUCACGAUCAGACGUCUGUCCCCCGACUGAAUCUUAAUGUUCUUGGCCAGCGGUAUACCCGAAGUCAGAACAGGCUCUUCUUCCUUGACCUAGAGGGAACCUUAAUUCCCUAUGGCCCGAUGAACGAGAUCAUCCCCAUGAACCCCCAGCGCACUAUGGAUGUACUGAACGAUCUUGUCGAUGAUCCUCGCAAUACUGUAUAUGUCAUGUCUGGGCGCAGGCCGGAGGAGCUCGACCGCCUUUUCCGCGUGGUCCCCAACCUGGGUCUCAUAGCCGAGAAUGGUUGCUUCAUCAAACUCCACGGUAGGGGCAUCUGGACUGAGAUAGCUGAUCACGAUCAAGUCGCGUCCUGGAAGGAGUCGGUUCAAGGUAUACUUCAAUACUACCUCGAACGUACGCCCGGGUCGGAAAUUGAAGACCGAAACUGCUCCUUGAUCUUUCACUAUAAAAAUGCUGACGACUUUGCCAAUGCUGAACGGCAGGCAAGCGACUGGACCGGCCAUAUAAACGAAUCCUGCGAGGAGCAGCGAGUCCACGCCUUUCAGCUUGACAAUUGCGUCGUAGUCGAAUCAAUCGACUGGACCAAAGAGACGGCUGCGGCCCAAGCCUACGACGCCACAAGCAAGGAAGUUCAACAAACCCGCGGAGGCGCCGUUGAUUUCCUGAUGGUCAUCGGCGACGGCCGCGAGGACGAGAAGGUCUAUAGGUGGGCCAACAACCUGAGGAGCAACGGAGAGGUCAAGGAGGUGGUGACGGUAAGCCUGGGCAGCAGAAACACCGAAGCUACCUCUACUUUGACCCAGGGCGUCAGCGGCGUUCUCGUGACGCUGCAGAAGCUUGCGGGGCUUUUCUAGGCGGAAAAGAUCGCGGUCCCAGAGUGGGGCACGGAGCCGUCGAUGUUUCCGCUGGGCGUCUCAGUUAUUAAUGAUUUUGCUUGCUGGUCAUGGAGUUUAUGACACGGGCUCACGCGAUGCAACGGCGUUAAGCGUAGCGGGUUAUUAAUAGGUGGCGCCCGCGCUUUGUUUGCAUUUUUUUUUCUU